GAAGUAGAUUUGCGUAUUUCCAAAUCAGAAGCAAUCACGAAUCAGAAACAGCAUUGUUUGUGCGAAAACGAGUAUAUACAAUCGUUGCCAAAUAUCUAAACUUUUCGAGAGUUCGAGAAUAAUUCCGAUGAUUUUCUCGAUACAUCGAAAUGAUUGGUGGACAUAAGUAGCUUCCUGCUCGCUUGUAUCUUGCACGAGGGAUGUUAAUAGGCAUUAUUUUACUCUUAUCGUAGAACUUUUUUUAAAUACAAUUUGUCAACGGAUUGAAUCACUUGGAAAGACUGAUAUUGUUAGUAUUGUGUAGUAAUUGUGAACACAAUAAAUUAGCGUAAUGGCAUUAAACCCCCAAUAUGAAGUUAUCGGAAAGGGUUUCGUACAACAGUAUUAUGCGAUGUUUGACGAUCCUGCUCAAAGACCAAAUUUAAUAAAUAUGUAUAAUACCGAGUCAUCUUUUAUGACAUUUGAGGGUUUGCAAAUACAAGGUGCUAUUAAAAUCAUGGAAAAACUAACUAGUUUAACAUUUCAAAAAAUAAAUCGGAUAAUAACUGCUAUUGAUUCACAACCAAUGUUUGAUGGUGGCGUACUCAUUAAUGUUUUAGGAAGGUUGCAGACUGAUGAGGAUCAGCCCCAUGCAUACAUCCAGACAUUUGUCCUGAAGCCAAUUGGUACCAGCUUUUACGUGCAGCAUGACAUCUUCAGACUUGCUCUGCAUAACACGGUUUAGGCGUCAGGCAGAUGAAGAUCCACCACAUGCCUUCUCACAGAUCUUUGUGUUGAAGCCACUGGGGAACUCGUUUUUCUGUCAACAUGACAUCUUUCGUCUUGGCAUUCAUGAUAGUGUAUGAAGAGAAAUGUCUGCAAGUUUAUCACAGUUAAUAUAGCAGACAAGUAUCUGAGCUAUGGACUCCACAGAUUAAAAUAAGUGAGCUACUUUUUCCUUAAUCCUUUGUCAUCACAUAUUAUUCCAUUCUUUCUAGAUAUUGCAAUUUUUAUAUGAAAAACAUUUGCUUAUAUCUUGGCCAUGAAACAAAAAGAGAGCAUUAAAAAUAAAUACAGUUUAAUAAUUUU